AAAUCAGAUCCUGUUUCGAGUAUCUCAUGAUCAAAAAAAAAAAACCCAAACGUAAUUAAGGUGGAUUAAUGGAAUUAUUCUAUAAUCUUUAUCAAUCAGUUAUCUAACAAAUCUGACUUUUCAUAAAUGUAAACGAUGACACUAACAGUAUAGUCGUAGCUGAAAUGGCUUACAGGACUGUUGUGAUAUUUCUGGUCGCGUUCGUCGGAGGUCAGGCGCUCGCCGACGACACCGAUUUCACUUUCCCUGAAAUCGCUCGCGACCGUUCCCUGCCGGGUUCUAGAAUUGUAUCAGGAUGGGAGGCGAGUGAAGGCCAGUUCCCUUACCAGCUCUCGAUUCGUAUGGUCAGUACUGUGGGAGGAGUCAACGCCUGCGGAGCCACCAUCAUUCAUAGCAACUGGGGGCUCACAGCUGCUCACUGCACCGGUUUGCGUGUAACAAUCAUCGUCCGAGCUGGAGCAGUGAACCUGACCCGCCCCGGCUUGCUCUUCGAGACCACUAAGUACAUAAAUCAUCCUGAGUACAGCGAAAAUUUGAACGUAGUGCAGCCUCAUGAUAUUGGUCUAAUAGACUUUGGCAGAAAAAUAGAGUUUAAUGAUUACAUUCAGCCAAUCAGACUGCAGAGAUCCGCGGAUAAGAAUCGUAAUUACGACAAUGUCAGACUUGUCGCCAGCGGAUGGGGCCGUACCUGGACCGGAGGCUCAUCGCCGGAGAACUUGAACUGGGUGUUCUUGAACGGAAUAUCGAAUCUGCGUUGUAUGGUGGCCUACAACUUCAGUCCGACCAUUCAGCCCUCCACCAUUUGCACGCUUGGCUACAACGACACUACGCAGUCCACUUGUCAGGGUGACAGCGGUGGUCCUCUGACAGUGAUCGAUGAAGACGGCCAAAUCACACAAGUAGGAGUCACUUCGUUCGUGUCCAGCGAAGGCUGCCACGUGGAUAUACCUUCAGGUUUUAUCCGGCCCGGGCACUACCUCGACUGGUUUAAGACGGUCACCGGUUUAGAUUUCGAUUGGACACCGAGCACACCAGAAGCACCCGAGACAACGGAAGCGCCUGGUACAACAGAAGCACCCGACACGUCAACGGAGACCGACACUUCGAACCUGCUUUUUUAAUAUUAAUAUUCAUAAACCAUUUGACUUUUUGAUGAAUGUUGAACAAUUUUUUUAGUACAAUUUUAGUGGAAUAUAAAUUAUAAUUCGA